UGGAUGAUGCAGCAUCGCCAGCCGAGAUAGCGAAGGGAGAUAGACAGACACUGCUGAAGAAUAGAGGCACAACUGGAGUGUCUUUGGAGUGUGGGUGUGGAUUGAGCACUCAGACAGUUCAGUGUGGUCAGCUACAACCCCUAAUAUGUAGUUCCACAUGUGGCAAGAGUCUGUCUUGUGGCGUACACAAACUGCUCAAACAAGUGCCACCUGGGUCCGUGCCAGCCGUGCGAGGUGAUCAUCAAAACAAGUUUGUUAUUGUGGGAAGGAGACCAAAGAGCUGGAUUGUGACGGGAAGAAUUGUGAGGGUGAAACGUUUAGUUGUGGGUCACCCUGUGAAGCCAAGUUGUCAUGUGGACAGCAUGUGUGUGAGGAGAUCUGCUGCCACGCAGAGCCGUGUGGCUCCUGUCCUCGAAGACCCCAGCCAGGUCACUCACUGUCCCUGUGGCCAGACACUCAGUCCCACCCAGCUCCGCAGCUCCGCAGCUCCUGCUUGGACCCUAUCCCCACCUGCGGUCAAAUCUGCUCUCGCCAAACUCUCCUGUGGUCAACCCAACCUAGUAAACCCUCACCAAUGCAAGGCGCUGUGCCAUGAGGGACCGUGCCCACCUUGUGACCAGUCCACUCUUGUACGCUGUCGCUGUGGCUACAUGGACCAGGAGAUUCCCUGUACUGAACUUUACUACAAAGGUGAUGAUGCUCGGUGUCAAAAAAAAUGUACCAAGAAACGUACAUGUGGAAAACACAAGUGUAACCAGAUGUGCUGUAUAGAUGUGGAUCACUUGUGUCCAUUGCCAUGUAACCACAUGCUGAGUUGUGGUCAACAUCGCUGUGACCAGCUGUGCCAUCGAGGACACUGCCAACCCUGCUUGAGAUCCAGUUUUGAGGAGUUGUUUUGUGAGUGUGGCAGCAGUGUUGUGCUCCCUCCAGUCCCAUGUGGCACCAAGCCGCCGCCCUGCAACGAGCCAUGUUCUCGUACACAUGAAUGUGAUCAUGAGGUACUGCACAUGUGCCACAGCUUUGCAGAAUGCCCUCCUUGUGGUGUUCUUACUUCUAAAUACUGUUAUGGUAAACACGAGCUACGAAAAGCAGUGCCAUGUUUUAUGAAGGAGUUCUCGUGUGGACGUCCAUGUGGUCGUUCCUUGUCAUGUGGUCGACACUCCUGUAUCCAGUCGUCGUGCCAUGGUGGAGCUUGUGUGACCACUUGCAAGCAGCCCUGCACCAAACCUCGAGAUUUUUGUGGCCAUCCUUGCAACGCGCCCUGUCAUGAAGGCGACUGUAUUGAUGCCCCAUGCAAAGAAAAUGUUGUGGUGACGUGUGAGUGUGGCCAUCGAAGUAUGUCUCGACCCUGCUAUGAGAACAACAGUGAGUACCAACGUAUCGCUACGUCAUUAUUGGCUUCCAAGAUGGCCGAUGUACAGCUUGGACGUUCAGUUAACUUAGAUGACAUGCAGGGUCCUCGCAAAUUCACCAUUAAAUCAUUAGAGUGUUCAGAAGAAUGCCGGGUUGUUGAAAGGAAUCGACGUCUGGCAAUUGGUCUUCAAAUUCGUAACCCAGACCUGAGUGCCAAGCUGACUCCUAGAUAUUCAGACUUAAUGCGAGGUUGGGCAAAGAAAGACCAGCGCUUUUGCCAAUAUGUGCAUGAAAAACUUACAGAGCUUGUUAAACUAGCCAAAGAGUCCAAGCAGAAGAGUAGAAGCUUUUCGUUUGAAGUUAUGAACAGAGAUAAGCGGCAGUUUGUUCAUGAGUAUUGUACCCACUUUGGUUGUGAAUCAGUGGCGUAUGAUGCUGAGCCAAAACGCAAUGUUGUAGCCACUGCACAGCGAGAUAAGGCUUGGCUUCCAAGUUAUAGUCUACUAGAAGUAGUUCAACGAGAGAUGGGAUUACGAAAGGUGCCUCUUCCCAUCCUAAACUCUUCCUGUCAGAAAUCAGCUUCUCAGAGUGAGGUGUUGCCAGUGAGAGUGACACUCAACCAGGCAGCCAAGGGCCUGGGGACUGGUGGAGACACGGAUACUCCUGCUGUUGACUACUUUGACUACAACAAUAGCUAAAACCUCUACUCACUGUCAUUUAUACGGGUUCAUCUCAUUGUUAAUAUUGCUAUUGUUUCAUAUUGAAAGUUAUCUGUUUUCUGUAAUCCAAAAGGACUCAGGAUUUUGUAAGGAUUAUGUACCAUAGGCAGGCAUGUUACAAUUUUGCUUUUGUUUUUUGUAAUUUAUAUAUAAUAUAACUUUUACAUAAUAUAGGUUCCAGUUAUUAAUAUAACUUCUAUACAUAUUUUACACUUUUAUCAAUAGUUUUUUCUUUAUGGACCUACAAUUUUUAAAUUGUAUAUUUCUGUGUGAAUCUUCUGGAAGUAGUUCUACACUGUCUGUAUUAUUUAGUUUAUAUCUAUGUACUUUGACAUUUCUUUUCUUUCCAGCCUGAUGUGAUUAAAAUGACAAUAAAGGCAAAGGAUCUUUGGUAUUAUUAUAUUCUGUUAUGUUAUUGUGUUUGUUUAUUUAAGUGCUUGAUAAUCUAAAAUAAACAUUUCAUUUUCACAAUAUGCGAUAUUUAUUAAUCCAUUUAACUUUGCUGUUUCUGUUUAAGCUAUAAAUUGCAUUCCUUUCAAAUUAAAUACCUUUGAGGCAGAUUUUUUGUGUCAUUGUUUGGAUUAGAUGUUUUCUAUAAUGCAGAUUGUUAGUUUGUUAUAUAUUUUAGGUAAAACCUGUAGUUUUUAGAAUGAUUUAAACUAUGUAAAUUUAUAUUACUUUUAAGUUUUAUCUAUUCACAUGAGAAUAUUAUAUGAAAAUAAGUUUGGUGGUCAUUUUUAAUCAUGGGCAUUCUGUUAAAAGUAUUUUAUGUUAUACUGGUUUGGUUUUAAAAUUAUUUCAAAUAUAUACAUAUAUAAAUAUUUUAAAAUUAAUUUUGCUUGAAAGUAAUUAGUAUUAUGAUAUUGCUUUAAUUUAUUGUACCAAACACAAAAAAUUAAAAUUGUGUCAAGAUUA